CAAAAUAAAAAUUGCAUACGAAGUAUUUUGUGGUGGCAAGCGAUUAACGUUAUUGAAACGUUUUGUGAGUGUACUUUUCCAUUUGGUAGUUGUCAGUACAGUCAUAAAGCUGGCAGAGGUAGAAGUUUAAGGACGUGCAAAUUGUGUUAGGUGGUUUUGGGUCGCCACAACAUUGACCCUUGUCAACAAAAUCUCUCAAGAAGAGAAUUUUCAAAACAGAGUAUAAAAGACCUUCUCAAACAAAAGUUUAGAAACCAGGUUUUCAUAACCUGGUUAACAAUUUAGAACAGUGUAAGAACAGUACGGAUUGUUGUUUGGAAAAAUUUAAUAUCAAAAAUUCAAAAUGGAAAACAUCGCAAGAAUUAUCUUAUCAACCUUCUUUACGGCUUUCUUCAACCAGACAGAAAAUAUGGAUGAAGUGCAAUCACAGGAACAGGAGUUCGAACAAUUACAAAAACAAUAUUCACAAGAAUAUCGAUUUGUGCGAACCAAUUCCAUAUCCCAGAGUAGUAAAAAAGAAUCUUGUUUUGACUGUAAAAAAUACGACUGGGAAGAUUCUUACAAAAAAAGAGAUUGCAAACGUUGUCAAAAUAUAUGUGAAAGACAAUAUAAAUUCAAAGACGAAAGACUUGAAGAAUUUGUCAAAAGAGAAAGAUUUGAAUCACAAUAUAUGCCAGUCCAAUAUGGAUUUACCACUGGCAGAAUCAGUAAAUUUGUUUGAAAAUGUUUUAAUAAAUGAUUAUUUAGAAUUUCCACAAUUACCUAUUGAUGAAUUGUUCAGUGAAGAACAAGAAAUUCCUAUUGAUUGGAAUUCUCAAAGUAAUGGGACCACAUUAUCAACAAUUCCAGUCACAGAAUCUGGAAUUGAAACGCUAGACUUAUCUGAUCUUCCAUGGGAAGAUUUUCUUGAAAUUGAUUCAUUCAUUGAGAAUAUGGAUGACAAUAUUUACACACAGAGUCAUGGAUGUAACACUGGUAACAAUCAAGUUGUUAAAGAAAAUUUCAAUGAAUAUAGUGACCAAGAUUCCCCUCUUCAGCUGGAUGCUGAAUACAAAGAUCUUUUAGACACAAUUGACGAUGCUGACUUCCUAAAGAAUGUCAGCUUCGAAAAAACCAGUGUGAUUAAUGACAUGAACUCUCUUAUUCAGGAGGUUGAACCUACUAGUAUUACAAGUGUUAUUGAUGAAGGUGAUGCUGAUGAGAGACUCACUGAUAUAUUGGCUCUUCUGAAUGAACAGUUUGGCGUAGAGCCAGAUAGUGUUAAGUGCAAUCCCUUAAAGCGGAAAAGUUCGGCUAGCGACCCUUUUACAUCAAAAUGUCAAAAGGUUGAUGAUGAACAUGACCAUAUUGUUCCAUCGUCUCCUGCAUUAUCAUUAUCAUCAAAUUCUAGCAAUGUUUCGACCUCAAGUGCUGAUGAGCAUCAGCGUAGAAUAAAAAAUAAUGAGGCGUCUCGCAAGACGAGAGCAAAAAGAAAACAGAGGCAAACAGGUUUAUUUGAAAAGAAAAAUGAACUGGAAAAAAGUAAUGCUGAACUGAGAAUAAAAAUUGAGCUCAUGCAAAAAGAAGCAGGAAUUCUGCGUGAAGCACUGGUUGCAAAAUUGAGCAAAUAAUUUUUUUGUUUUGGUGUAUAUAGGUAGAUAUAACGAGCAUUUUUAUCAAGUUUAUAUUGUUAUGUAUAAACUUGAUGACAGUUAUUGUGAUGAGCCCAAACAAUUUUGAAUGGUGUCUUAAUAUUGUUCUUUUGCAGUACAUAUAUACUUUUCCAUUAUAUGCCACCAUUCAAACUUCUUUGGGAUUUAUCAUUUUGCACUAUUUACGUAAUUAGAAGUUUUUCACACUAUAGGAUUAAAUUUUCUAUGACAAGCACCUACAUACUGUUCUGUAAAGAGCCAUACCCUUGUGUCAGAUCUUGUGUUUCAGCCGGAGCUCUGUCAUAUUAUCUAUUUACCUUUCUUAAUUUUCUCAAUAUUUUGCAAAUAUUCUUUUCUUUUAAAAAAGGUGUAGGCCACAUUGAAAUUUGAGAAAUGUUUUUAGAGUAAUUUGCAUAUACAAAUUAGAGGAGGAAUUAUUGUGUUUUUAAAUAUAUAACGUUCAACUUGUAGUAUUAAGAAAACCAUAGAAAUUAAAAUGAAUGAAA